AUGGCAAACAACAACAUUCAAAACGACCUUUUCAAAGAUAAUGGAAGAACUACCGCCAUUGAUGUUAAUUCGACUGGUGAGAGCAAUGCCGACCGAGAACUUCAUUUUGCCAAACGAGGGGAAGCUCUCAGUGAGGCAUCGUCGAUUCAGGAAAGUAUCGAGGGAUACAAUCCUGAGUUGAUGAGUGGUAGAACCUUGCUUACUACUGAAGAGGAGAAAAGAUUACUUCGAAAGAUUGACUGGCGAUUGAUGACACUUUGUUCUCUCAUUUUCAUGUUCAAGAACUUGGACAGCAACAAUGCCUCUAAUGCUCGGAUUAUGAACAAGGGAACAGAUCAAAAUAUUAUGGCACAGCUUGGAAUCACAUCCAACGAGUAUAGUCUUAUCACAGUCUGUUACUAUGCGGAAGCUGGGCAGUUUCCUGGCGUCAUUCUCCAGAUGACUUACUGGUAUCGGCCAGACGAGAUGUCUUUACGCCUUCUCUAUUUCUAUAUCUGCGGAAAUGUCUCUGGUAUUUUUGGGGGUCUUCUCGCAUACGCAUUUGAUACUGUGUCCGGCGCAGGUGGCCUUUCCGGAUGGCAAUGGUUGUUUCUAACUGAAGGCAUCGCAACUGUUCUGUUUGGUAUAUUGAUCUGGUUUCUGCUUCCUGAUUUUCCUGAGACCGCAAAAUGGUUGACAGAGAGAGAGAAGAAAUUUAUCCAGGCCCGACUACCAUCUAAUUCUCCUCGUGCAAAUGAAGGAAAUUUCAAAUUCCGUGAAGUUGUGGAUUCAUUGAAAGAUAUAAGGCUAUGGCUAUUUACGUUGAUAUGGGCCACCUUCACUGUUGGAACCAACGGCGUCACCUUUUAUCAAUCGACCGUUAUUGCCGACCUCGGCUUCACGAGCAUUGCCCAAGCUCAGCUCCUCAAUAUCCCGAUCACCGUUUGCGGCCUCUUAUUCAUUGCUGCGACAGGAAUCACGGCAGACCGUAGCCGUAUUCCCCGACCGCUGUAUCCACUUUCUUUCCUGGUUAUAAUAAUGGCUUGCUAUGGAGUAUUUGUCGCCUAUCCCAGCACCGGUGCAGUGUAUGCUGUCACUUUGAUCGGGAACGCCCUGACGGCAGGAUGGUACCCAGUGAUGUGGCCAUGGCGAGUACAGACAACUUCCAGAGCAACUGGGUCUGCCUUCUCUAUCGGCUUCGUCAACAGCUAUGGCCAGAUCGGUGGAGCUAUUGGGCCACAAAUCUUCAGAAGCGAAUACGCACCACACUAUACGCUUCCCUUCUCCGUGGCUAUCGGGCUUGUGGGUCUUUGCGCGAUCUUGACCCUGGUGACAUGGUGGGUGACUCGGGAAACCGAACGGGACACAAGGCGGCUAAAAUUAGCCAAGCUAGCAGCAGAAAAGAGAGGGGAAAUAAUCUUGGAAGACGUUGUAGACAACGAUUUGAAGCAUAAUCAAGGGGAUCGGAAUUAG